UCUGCUCUCUGCUCUCUCUGUCUCUCUCUCUCUCUCUCUGAUCGAAAAUAUACCCACCAAAGUUAAGAGAGAGAGAAAGUAAGAAAGCGUCGGUGACUCGCCCUGAGUUAACUCACCGUGUCGUCGCUCUUCUUCGUCCUUUUUACACAGAGAGGGAGAGAGAGAGAGAGAGGACGGAGCAGCAUUUAGCAGCAGCAGCAGGAGGAGGCAGCAGAAGCAGAGAUUGGGUAAUAUAUUUAGUCCAUCGACGCCUCACCAAACUUGAGCUAAACCUUCAUUGGCAUAGAGAGAGAGAGAGAGAGAGAGAGAGAGAGAGAGGGAAGGAAGCUCAUAGAGGGCAAUGGCGGAUUCGAGCGAUUCAGUGUCAGUGGAUAUGGACACGUACUCUCCUCGGGGAAAGGAGCACCUAGUGAAAACUUCAUAUGGACUCGUGUCGGUUGCUGUGUACGGAGAGCCCGACAAGCCGGCCCUUGUAACAUACCCAGAUUUAGCUCUCAACUAUAUGUCUUGUUUCCAAGGAUUAUUUUAUUGCCCAGAAGCAUAUUCUUUACUGCUCCAUAACUUCUGCAUAUAUCACAUCAGCCCUCCUGGACAUGAGUUGGGAGCUGCUACCGUUGCCUCAGAUGUUCCUGUUCUCUCCACUAAUGACUUGGCGGAUCAGGUUGCUGAGGUUCUCAACUUCUUUGGGCUAGGAGCUGUUAUGUGUAUGGGGGUCACAGCUGGAGCUUACAUCCUCACUCUGUUUGCUAUGAAAUACAAGCAUCGUGUGAUUGGUCUGAUACUUGUGUCUCCUCUAUGCCAACCACCGUCAUGGACAGAAUGGUUAUACAAUAAGGUCAUGUCGAAUUUACUUUACUUCUAUGGCAUGUGCACAAUGGUCAAAGAGUUACUGCUGAAGCGUUAUUUCAGUAAGGAGCUUCGUGGGUGUGCUCAAGUACCUGAGUCUGACAUAGUUCAGGCGUGCAGAAGGCUGCUGGAUGAAAGGCAGAGUUCAAAUGUUUGGCGGUUUCUUGAGGCAAUUAAUGGGAGGCCCGACAUUACUGAAGGAUUAAGAAAACUACAAUGUCGAACUCUGAUAUUCGUAGGAGAUAACUCGCCAUUCCAUUCGGAGGCUAUCCACAUGACUUCACAUCUUGAUAGGAGGUUCACGGCCUUGGUAGAGGUUCAGGCAUGUGGCUCGAUGGUGACGGAGGAGCAGCCUCAUGCUAUGUUGAUACCGUUAGAGUACUUCCUCAUGGGAUAUGGCUUAUACCGGCCUCCGAAGUUGAGUGUCAGCCCCAGGAGCCCCUUGACUUUAUCUUGCAUUUCACCCGAGCUACUUUCGCCCGAAAGCAUGGGCUUGAAGUUGAAACCUAUCAAAACCCGAGUUUCGCUCGAAGUAUAGCAGCAGGAGGAUCGAUGAGGUGAAGGAAAAGACGUAAAAAAACAAAAAAAUCGACCUUUUCUUUUUUGUACUUUACCUCUAAAAGAAAUGGAAAACCAGAGUGUAGAUAGAGGAAGUAAAGAGGAGGAUGUUAAUGGAAAGAUUUAGAAAGAAGUCGUCAUUCUUUCAAUUGUAAAAUCAUAAAGGAGUAAGUAGUUUGAGUUGGGAGGGCGAAGUUGUCUGUAAAUUUUGGAAAUAAUUGUCGGACAAGUCAAAUAAAAUACUGAUUCAAUGAAAUAAAUACAAAUAUCUUCUUUUCGGGUA